AUGGCUUCCAUGGGCUUUGUUGAGCCAACCCUCCUCGACCUUGUCCCAGCUCUUAUGGGCGAGUCCAACUUCUCUACAUGGACUACAUCACUCAAGUGGACCCUCGAUUCGCGCGACCUUCGAUAUUACGAACUUCUCACUGGUGUCUGGAGUGAACCCCGAGAAAUCGACCCCACACAGCCUACUCCCAUCGAAGUUGAGGCUCGUAUCCAGUGGGAUACUGCCAGCCGUUAUCUCCUCCCAUUACUCAACGCCACCGUUCAUGAGACGGUCAAGUUCUACAUUCUCGAUGCCAAGAAUGCACGCACUGCAUACGCCAACCUCCACCGCGCCUUUGCAGCCCGGUCUUACCAAGCCGGCUUCUCCAGUUUCCUCCGGUUUAUUAACACAACGUACACUUGCAACCGGCCUCAGGCAUUUGUCAACGAGUGGCGUAUCGCCCUCGGCGAGCUCCAAGAGUGCAAUUCAACGAAGCUCACGCCUCUUCUCAUCUUUUACCAUUUCCUGAACGCUGUCAGCGUCAACCCAGCUGUCCACCCAUGGCUCGACAGCUUCCUCAAUUCGAAGGUCUCUACCGACACAACUAUUGAAGCAACCUUUGCGGACUUUGUCGUUUCUGAAGACCGUCGCCUCAACUCGCUCAAUCAAGCUCACAACUUUACCUUUGGUAAGAUUAAUCAUCUGCCGUUCUUUUGUGAGUUCCACAAUCGCCAAGCCGGUCAUUCCAGCGAGAACUGCUUCCGAAACCCGGCCAACCAAUUCCCUUUGGAUGAAAUCGCCAUGGCCCCCGCUAUGGCCCCGGUUACGGCUCCUGUUCAGGAUCCUGCUCAACGUACAGUUUCCGAAGAUCCGCUUGCACAGUAA